AUGGAUGACGAAUGCAUUUAACUAAAGGAUGUCCCUAUUUAUAGACCUAAAAACCUGGUUAGAUAAGUUACUCUAAAAGAAGAACCUAAUUCUCCUCCAAAAUAGAAUGAAGGUUAAUAAAUUGUUAACACUUAAAAUCUAUUUGAGCAGUUAAUAGAUUAGUUUGUUUAAUUGAUCUAGUAACAAAGUUUGUCAUCAUAACACAUCAUUAAUAUAUUCUAUCAAAUUUUAUUAAAUGUCGGUUGGAGCAUUUUUAACAGAAGCACUGUUGCGAUCUAAUUAGAUAAAAGUAAAAUCAUCAAGCAUUAAUGCAUAUAUUUUUAUUAAAGGUUGAGAAAGUAUUUUCAGCAAAACUCAAAUGAAACACUUAAUGGUCUAUUGAUGAAAUUGCAAAAAUUACAAUACAAUUAAGAUUAAGAGGAUGAACACAUAUAAGAAGAAGUUAACUUUUAUCGUUUCAAUACCAUGAAAUCGACAUAUCAUCCUCAUGUUGAAGUUAAAACAUAAUAAUCUUGUGACUAAAAUGAAGAAUAGUAAAAGGAACUGGAAUUAAGAAAUCAAAAAUUAAAAGAAUUAUAAAUCAAAUUAGAUUGUAAAGAUAACAUAAUUAAAGAUAUGACUCAGGGAUAUUUAAAGGACGUUCAACAUAUGAAGGAAUUACUAUUUAGAAAAAAUGAUUAAUAAUUGAAUAUUUUUGAAGUUCAAUAUUUUGAUUCUAAAGAAGGUUUCACUGAAGAAUAAACAAAUCUAUUGAACUAAAAAAUUAAAAGUAUGCAGUAACAAUUUGAACACAAAUAUCUUGAGUUAACAUAAACAAUCUAACAUAUAUCAACUGAAAAUAAAUAAUAUGUUGCAUAAAUAGAUAAGAUCAAAGACAAACUCAAAAUUCAUGAUACCAGUGCUGGUUUAUUAGCAAAAGUAAUCUAAAUGGAUAAUAAUGAUCCUUACAUUACUUGGAAGAAUAUUUAAGAUCUAAAAGGAAAUUAGUAUUUCUUUUAAGUAUUUGAAAAUUAAAAGCAUACUUAUGGGAUUAAUUAUAGAGAAAUCGAUAAGUUGAUAAUACAAUGCAAGUCUUAAUAAAGAGAAGUAUAACAUUAUAGAUAGUAAUUGGAGGAUUAAUUGUCGUAAUUUGUAGAUAGAUAAAUUAAUUAUAUUAAGGAUUUAUAAGCAGAAAUAGAUGAAAAAAACGAAUUAAUUGAAAAACAAAAAAAUCAUUAAAAGGAAAUAGUUUAAGAUUGUUUAAAGUCAAGUAGAGAGUAAAUGGAAAUUGCAUUAUCACAUAGAAAAAACGAAAGUAAAUUAUUUCUUAUAAUAGUGUUGUAGCAAUUGUUUGGUUAAUUUAAUGAAUUAAAUGAAAUAAAAAUCAAUUUUGAUUAAUAUAAGGUUAAAGUGAUGUUCAAUAAAUGGAUAUUGAUUAAUCGAAUGUUAAGAUGUGUGAAAACUGUUCGAGACUAAUUCUUAUUAAGACAAGAAAUUAAGGAAAUUAUUUUAGGGAGAAAAGAUUUUGAAGAUAAAUUAAAAGAAUAUAAAAAUAAAAAAAAGAAGAAAAGAAACAUUCUUAAAACUCAAUAUGAGGAAUUAAAGUAAAUAUAUGAAAAUGAUAAAUAUAAUCAAAUAUAUUGGGAAUAUAAAUUUCUAACAUAAUAAAAGGUUGAAUAAAUAUUAAACUUAGAAAUUUCUUUAUUAUAGUAAUAAUAUAAUCAAUCAAAAGAGAAUUAUAAAAUAUUGUAAUUAAAAUAUUAAGUUGUUUGUUUGCAUUAUCAAUAAUUAUAUCGCCUAUUUGAUUCAAAAUAAAUAAACUUUGACAAAUUAGACAAAAACUAAAUAAAGAUGGUUGAAUAUAAAUUAAAACAAUCUGAUUAAAAUAAAGAGCAUUUAUCUUAAUAAAUUGCUUUAUAGUAAUAUUAGUAAUUAUCUAAACAAGAGGUUUUGUUUUAAAAUAUCUAAAGUAGGUCAAAAUAUUGUUAAACUAUUAUUUUAAAUGUUAAUACUCCAAUUCAAAAUAAUUCUUUAAAUUAUGAAAUUAUUGAAAAAAUAAUGAAAUUAAAAUUGAUUGUUAAUGAAACUUCUCAUAAAUAAACAAAUACAGAAUUUGAAUAUUAAAUUAAAAGAGAAAUAGUCACAAAAGAAGUAGAAGUACAAUGCUUUUUUGAAUCAAUUUCUACAAUAUAAUAAUAAUAAUCUAAUUCUCAUUGUAAAAGCAAUUUGCUACAUUAAGAUCAAUUAAGAUCAGUUUAAACUCCCUCUUAAUUAUGUUUAUUAGAAGAAAUUUCUGAAUAGUAAGUAGAUACAUAAUAAUUCUAAAAUAAACAUGAAAUUAAAAUUAUAGAAAAUUAGAAUUAGAAUAUUUUAAAUUAAGAUAACACAUAUCUCAUUUUUUAAAGAAAUUCUUUGAAAUUCACAAAAGAAGAUUUUAAUAAAAAAGAUUAUGAAUCUCAAUUAUUAUAUGAUUAAAAUAGACUACAAAUUAAAACUCCAUAAACACCACUUUAAGCCUCUUUAAGAGUUAAAGAUUAAAUUGAAAAAAUAUCUUAUUUAUCAUCAAAUAAUAAAGAACAUUCUGUAGAUUAGCAAUAGGAUAUAUUUCAAAGAUUAUACAGAGAUAGUAUGAAUAGGAAAUAAAGGUUAUAAAUAUUAAAGAACAAUAUUGAAACCUUGGAUCAAUUUAAGUGGGAAUAAAUCCUUUAAAUAAUCUAAUCCAGUCCUUUAGAUUAAGCUAGAGGACUUAGUUAGAAAUCAACCAAAAGACCUCAAAUGUAUUAUUCAAAAUAAAAAGGGUUUAAAGAUAUGGAAUAUCGAUUUAGUGAUUAAGAAAAAGAUAAUUAACGAAGAACUUCUUAUAAACGAACAGGUACAUAGAACAAUAGAACCUUUUAAAUUCAAAACACUCAUUAAAUUCAAAAACAAAACACAACAUUUGAUUUUUCUUGUAAUAAAAUAAAUAGAUAGAAUUUUUGA